AUGGCGGUAUCUGUAAGUCUGGGCCUUUUUAAAGGCCUCCCGGUCAACGAGGAAGGACACGCCCACAGGAAGAUUGCGAGGUGCCUUUUUGCAUUCAAGGACGAAACCAACGGGCCAAAAUGGAUUUGUUCGUACAGGAAUAUCACAGUUGGUGCUAAAGAGCUGGCAUCGGCCCACACCGUCCCGAACUACUUGCAACCAUGCGGCGUGCUCACUACGGGCGUUAACAGCGAUGAAGAGCUCAAGGAACUAUUGCCUAACAACAUGCUUGGCCAGGAGCUGCAUGUAUUCAAGUGGAAUCCCAAGAAAGAGGAUAAUCCGUCCCUGCAAGAGGCAGUACAAUGCUUCAUUAUGACAAUACAAAACGAGAAAUGCGAGAUGAAAGAAGUCCUUUCAGCCGACAUAACAUGGAUCGAGGAUGACAUGGCGGAGAUCGGCCGCAGGGGAUACACCCCAAUCGCAACCUCACUCUUGGCAAAUGUGCCAUUGCAUACCAGCGAAGAUGUGGAACUAUCCAUGGAGUUGCUUGGACUGAAGAAAAUGGAGAUUUUGCCCCAGGCACUACGCAAUGCAGCAACGUCGUUCUUAAAGGACCAGCUUGUACAAUUUAUCAAUGUGGAGAACGAGGGACUAUCCAUGGAUUUGACCGAUAUACCUAUGUCUAAAGGAUUGGCAAACGGAUCCGAGCCGAGCUACGCGCAUCUCACGUUCGGCGCCACGAAGGAGUACAAGAAGCACGCUCUCAUAUACACCGUUCCGCGGGAAGAAGAGGCGGAAGACGAGUCUAUCGCCGAGCUGCAAGUAGUUCUACAAACUACAUGCGUAGCUCCGACGGAUAUAGUUGGAGAUGAGCCUACAGAGGAGCUGGCUGAGGUGACUCUCGAGGCACUUCGCCAUAUCGCCACCCUAUCAUUCGGCUCUGAAAGUCUGCUAAAUCAGGCGUCCGUAUAUAUCAAUUCGGAGGAGAGGAGUGUCGUAAAGGACGCUGAACAAGAUGCAACUGUUAGCAAGGCGCCGGCAAAGGGGAAAGGUAAUGCCAAAGGGGGCAAGGGCAAGUCUGGAAGCAGUCGCAGUAAAAAACCUACGGCUCCUAAACCUAGCAAAACUGAGGAGUCAACAGUUGUGACACUGCUCAAGAGUGAAGUGCCUGUAGAAAUAUCCGUGGGUGACUUCACCCGUAACGUACACCUGACGAUGAACUUGGACAAGGUGUCUGGCAAGCUCGACGUAGCAGUCAAAAAUUCAGGCGAUGAUGUGAAAAGUCAAGACAUCGAAAAGGUGAAAAUCAGCGUAAUCACCAAGGCAUUUGUGCCCAGCGAAGACACCCAUGACCCCGUGUUCCCGUUUGGAGGCACGACAUUGAAUGUCCUGGGGCUUCUGCGGAACACAGGUGGCGCGGUGAGCGAAUGUGUCACGGACGCUAAUCCAGCAACGCAUCUGAAACUGCUUUUCAGCUCGAAAGAGCUCUGCGACCGUAGCGCGCUGAUAUCGGUACGUUUCAAUUGGCACUAUUCGAAAAUGUCUGCAGCCGCACCUGGACUGCGCCAUGUUCCCGCAGUGGAUGAGCAACAAAACCUCAAGGGCGACACUAGUGAAGGGGCUGUACCAGUAGGCGGUCUCGCGCAAACAAUCAUAGCCGAUCAGGGUGGCAAAAACGACAGCGGAUGGGGAUGCUGCUACCGCUCAAUACAGAUGGUGGCCAGCUGGUACCUCUUGCAGUACCACACUAUAAGGCCUGUGCCUACGCACGACGAAAUUCAGAGGUACCUGCAGGAGAAGGACCCGUCGCAUGUCGGAAUGGUCGUGGGCAGCUCCACGUGGAUCGGAACCGUCGAGGCAGGCUACUUCAUCAACUGGUACCUGAAGUACGACGCCAAGACCUUCUACCUCAGCGGCGUCAACGACUUCAGGAACUACAACUGUGUUAUCGCAAACCACUUCCAAAAGGUGGGCUCCCCUAUCAUCAUGGGAGCGGGAAUGUUCGCAUACGUUAUUCUAGGAAUCUGUAUGGGCGCGCAGACUGGUAAGGGUGCAUCAAAUCGCCGUUGUGAUUGUUGGUUGCUUGCCAGUGCGGCGCCGGAAUGUUGUACGCUUGCGCAACCGCAGCACCUAUAUGGAGAAUAUCAUAAAAUUGCAGGCGACGUCGCGUACCUCAUUGCCGAUCCGCACUACGUAGGAGAAGAUUCGAUAAAAUCGAUAAAGACAAAGGGUGCGGUUGCCUGGAAGAAGAUCGACUUCAUCACCAAAGCCGCCAACGGCAGCUUCAUCAACCUGUGCUGCCCCCAACUAGACAGAUACGACGAUUAA